AUGUUGGAAUUCUACCCUCCGCUACCGGGUACACUGAACCGGCAGGGCGAGCCAGGACCGCGGAUGACUGGCUUCGCGGCGCCCCCGAUGCCGUUCAGGCCUACGAAUGACAACAAUAAUGCAGAGCCGUCGGUCUCCGUGAAGACGGAGUCGGUCUCCGUGAAGACUGAGUCAGGCCUGCUGGAGACGAUCUGCGCUGGUUGCGACGACACCAUAGCGGACAGGUACGUGAUGCAGGUGGCAGGGAGGAACUACCACGAGAAGUGUCUGUCGUGCGCCGCCUGCGCGGCCCCGUUGACCCAAUCGUGCUUCAUACGGGAGCUGAAGUUCUACUGUCGUAACGAUUACAAGGAGAUAUUCAGCGUCAAAUGCGCCCGAUGCAUGGAGAAGAUCAGCCGAUCGGACUUUGUGCUCAGGGCGGCCGGUCUGGUGUUCCAUGUCGAGUGUUUCGUCUGUUGCGCAUGCGGACAAUCACUUCCGCCUGGGGCACAGUACUUCCUGCGGCAGGGUCAACCGAUCUGCAAGCAGGACUACGAGCACGAAUUGUACCUGAACAGUCCUCAAGACUAUGACUUGCUGAACGACAACCGGCCUCGCGAUGGCCGUAGAGGCCCGAAACGGCCCCGGACGAUCCUCACGUCCGCCCAGAGGCGUCAGUUCAAGGCUGCGUUCGAGAUCUCGCCGAAGCCCUGCCGGAAAGUACGUGAAGCGCUGGCGAAGGAGACCGGUCUUAGCGUGCGUGUCGUGCAGGUCUGGUUCCAGAACCAAAGGGCGAAGAUGAAGAAGCUGCAAAGAAAAGCGAAAACCGAGCCUGGAUCGGACAAGGAGCCGAAGGAGGAACGUCGGCCUGAGAGUCCUCACAGCGAUCACAGUCAUUAUUUGAACGCCAUGAACAUGCGCGACGGGGAAUCUUCUAGCUUCUCCUCGGCCACGCAACCGCUCAACCCCAAUAACCCGUACUCGCCCGACGACACGUAUCCCGGCCACUCGGGCGAGAGUUACUGCAGCAGCGACCUGUCGUUGGACGGCACGGAGGCUGGUUUCGACAUCGGCGAGAAUGAGGGCGGCGGCGGCGGCGGCGGCGGUCAAGAUGGCAGCCACCAAGGCGGCGGUUCGCAUCCGCAUCACCACGGGCCGUCGUCGCACGAGACACCCACUCUGUCCCAGAGUUUGCACGCCACGAUAAACAAUCCAAUCGACAAACUGUUCAUGAUGCAGAGUAGUUACUUCAGUGGCGACCACGCGUAA